AUGAACCCAGGCACCAACAUUGAGAUGGCCUACCAGUCUGGCACCGACGAGCAGCAGGCCUUUGUCCAGAACCUGGCCCUCUUCUACACCAGCUUCUUCAGGGCCCACCUGCGCGCCAUGGAGAGCAACGAGGAGAACCGUGGCGCCUGCCUCAUGGGCCUCGACAUGCUCACCAGCAUCAGCUACGUGGAUGAGGUGGAGGUGUUCAAGACGUGCCUCGACUACUGGGCCCUGUUUGUGGCCGACAUCUACAGCGGCGCCAGCAUCCCCACCACGCCCGGCGGCGGCAACCAGGUCCCGCAGCCGGCGGCAGGCACGACCAUGGAGGAGGCCGCCCGCAUGCACGAGCAGUACGCCGCGCAGCAGCUCGCCGCCUCGGCCGCCGCCAACGGCGCCUUCGCGUUCCCGCCCGCGCCCGGCGCGGCGGCGGGCACCGCCGCCGCCGCCAACGGCGGCGCGCAGGGCGGCGGCGGCGCGGGCACGCCGCUGCUCAACAUGCAGCGGCGGGUGGUUUACGGGGGCGUGCUGCAGCGCCUGCGGGCGCUCAUGGUCAACCGCAUGGCCAAGCCAGAGGAGGUGAUUGUUGUUGAGGACGACAACGGCAACAUCGUGCGUGAGACGAUGAAGGACAACGACGUGCUGGCGCAGUACCGCACGAUGAGGGAGACGCUGGUGAUGCUGAGCCACCUGGACUACGAGGACACAGAGAUUCAGAUGCUUGAGAAGCUGCGCCUCCAGAUGGCUGGCCAGUGGACGUGGCACGGCCUCAACACCCUCUGCUGGGCGAUCGGCUCCAUCAGCGGCACCAUGGCGGAGGAGCAGGAGAACAGGUUCCUGGUGACAGUCAUAAGGGACCUCCUCAACCUGUGCGAGGUGACGCGCGGCAAGGACAACAAGGCCGUCAUCGCGUCAAACAUAAUGUAUGUUGUGGGGCAGUACCCCAAGUUCCUGCGGGCCCACUGGAAGUUCCUGAAGACCGUGGUCAACAAGCUCUUCGAGUUCAUGCACGAGACACACCCGGGGGUGCAG